AUGAACCGCCGGUCCAUGGCUGCAGCCCCCUCUAGUUUCAAGGCCACUCGGCUCCUGCUAUUUGUCGCUCUUCUAGUCGGCAGUACAAUGAAGGCCGACGGAGCGGCGACCUUUCUGUGUGACAAACCAUACAGCGGUCGCUACAGCAGCGACUUGCAACUCUUCGUUGAUUACAGCUACUGGCGCGACGUGAAGAAUUCAGAUCAGUACUACAGGGUCGAACGCGACCCCGCCUUUGGCUCCACCUACACGACGCUCCUCACCCUCAAGAUCAUGACGCAGUGCGGCCAGUUCGUGACGUCACUUCCGGAAAGUCCGUUCCCCGAGGGCGGCUGGAAACGCGGCCCCAGUGUAUGGGCCAGAAACAGCGGACUCAGCAUUGGCGCAAUAUCUAGUCGGAGCACAACUGGGUGCUACGUGUCAGCACCAAACGCAACGGCGGAAGCGUGCCUGAAGGACGUCAUGCGGCACACGCCGCCUACCCUUGAAUACGUUGUGCUCUUCGGGGGAUUCAUAACGAUUUGCAGCCUUGUGAUGAUCUGUGCUUGCUAUAAGGACAACAGAGGUGGACCCAACAACCGGCCUCCGGUUCAAGCGGCCGGGGCGAAUGUUCGAGCGAGACCCGUUACGCCGGCUGGGUACAUGCCGGAUUCGCAGUUGCAGAUUGUGGUUGAUAGGCGCUCCUCGGCAUCUCCUUCGAAGCAAUAA